CUAACCUAAAAUUGCUGUGAUCGAAGGAGGAUAUGAUGAAUGAUGAUACGUGUAAAUCGCUAACGAUGUCUUUAUCAAGAUAACAGAAAAAUACUUCUGUGCUUCAGAUGAAAUGAAUGUAUUGCUUAUAAUAAUAUCAGUCCUCUUAUCUGUGAUAUGUGUCCUACUAGCUUUACUUCAACAUUACUAUUUUUUCAAUAAGUUAUACAGAAGACCAUCAAUCAAAUAUGAUGUCCCUGUCUUUGAGGAUUUGAUUCCAUCAGGAAGAAAUAAAUUUGAAUACAAAUUCAACUAUCCUUUACAACCAGUUGAAGAUCAUGACUCGGACACCGUACUAAAUGAUUUAAACUCUGUUCUAGAAUCUCAGCCCAAAGAAGGUGACACAGUAGGAUUUAUAUUAAAAAAUGACAAAGCUACAGGAACAGAUUCUGAAGUUUAUAAUACUCUACAGGCUGCUAUUGCAUUUAAGUUAUCGGGUAAGAAUCAUAAAGCCCUAAAGCUGUUCGAACAUGCUGCAGCAAUUGCUCCUGAAAAUGCUGAUGUAUUGAAUCGAUAUGGAGAAUUUCUAGAACAACAGCAUUUCGAUAUCGUCACUGCAGAUGAACUUUAUUUCAAGGCUCUCACAUAUUCUCCUAACCAUGAGGCUGCCCUGACAAAUCGUGAACGCACAGCUCAAGUAGUAGAAGGUCUAGAUUACAAACUUUUCAAAGACAUUGAUGAAAGGAACGAUUUUUUAAAGAAUAGGAUGAAACUGGAUGGUUUUGAAACUAUGAAGAAACAAGCAUAUUAUUUACACAUCUAUCAUACAGUGGGUAUAGAAGGAAACACAAUGACUGUAGAACAGAUGCGAUAUCUUUUAGAAACAGGACAGGUUGUUAGUGGAAAGAGCCUCGUAGAACACAACGAAAUAUUGGGUUUAGAAAAAGCAAUGCAGUAUAUCAAACUGUUGGUGAGGACGGAUUAUAUUGGAAUAAAAGAAAUAUUAGGAAUUCAUCGACGUGUUAUGGGGCAUGUAGAUCCAAUAGCAUCAGGAGUUUUUAGAGAUGAGAAGGUUUUUGUGGGAAGCCAUGUUCCACCACCCCAUGACCAACUUCCAGCCUUGAUGGAGAGCUACGUUGAGUGGCUCAAUUCGGAAGAAGCUCAAAGUAUGCAUCCUGUACGAUAUGCAGCCUUAGCGCACUAUAAACUUGUUGACAUUCAUCCAUUUGUGGAUGGAAAUGGACGCACAAGUAGAUUAAUAAUGAAUCUGAUUUUACUCAAAGCAGGAUAUCCACCUGUGAUGGUACUGAAGGAGCAGAGAGAGAAAUAUUAUGAUGCGCUGAAGACGGCGAAUUUAGGUGAUGUGAGGCCGUUUGUCAGAUUUGUGGCACAGUGUACUCUGCAAAUUUUGGAUAUGUACAUUUUUGGAACCAGAUUUUUAUCAAUUGAAGGUGGUUCAGAAGAAGGUAAAAUUAUAACUUUUGAAUGAUAACUGAGAAUUCUGAAAUACCAAUUUAUUUUAUGUAAUGAUGCUGCCAUUUCAGUAAUUUCAAACAUUUCUUGAGAAUUAUGAUUUGAUUAAUAUUUUAUUACAAUUUUUACCUACUUGUUGAUUCAAGUGAACUGACAAAACUAAAUUUGGAUAAUACAUUUGAUGGGUCUAGUGAAAAAAUGAUGAGGUUAAUGACAUGAAGAAACGACUCACCCAACGGCUCAGAGAAAAAACAAGUUGAUUCCAAAAAAAUCACAUUGGAAAACUACAGUGUACAGCUGAAGAAUGAUGAGACUUCUGCGAGCCCUAGAAUGACUGAUGAGAUUCCACUUCCCAAUCUUUCAGCAUUUCCCGUUCACCGUUUCCUGAGAUUCUCAUAACAUUGUUCUUGACAACUUAAAUUUUGCAUUAAACAAACUAAACACUAUUCUACGUGCAGAUGUAAUUCUGUAGACUUGUAUAAUAAGAUUUAGUUUUUGGCAAAAUCUGUUAUAGAACCUCUUCGUUGUUUCCACUGGACUUUUUGUGUGUAAUGAAGUUCAUAGAUACAUGUGUAUGUAUCAUACAAAUUCAAGAGGAUAAUCAUGGAUUUCAGCCUAACAAUCCUAGUUAAUCAAAAGUAUAAUUGAUUUCUGGAAAAUUUUUCAUAUUUUUGUGAAUAAUCAGAUAAAGAGUAGAUUUGCGGACAAUGAGAAAAUGUGAGGCGACCGGGAUUGGGAUCCGGCUCUCCUGUUUGCUAAACAGACGUAAUAAGCAACUAUGCUAUCGGACCCACCAAGUAGAAUGUCUGGGAAUUACUUAUCUGGCAACAUCAAUGGUAACAAUAACUCAUUGUGAUAUCUCUUAUUGCUUCCUGAUUUCAGAGGGAUCAAAAAGCAUCCAUGUAUCAUGUUUUUCAGACGUAUUUACUUUCAGGUUUGUUUGACUCGUUCGGAAAAUUGUUGAAAAAUUAA